AGAUUUCUUCCCGAAUGUAGCGCCUUUUUGUGCUGUCAUUCACUCCAUAGUACGAUUGAAUUUGCAUCUUCUUGAACGCAAAGUACGCACCCGCUUCUUUAAAGUUGAGUCAUUAACAAGGUCUGCUAAUCAGAGAACUUUACAUAACGCCAUAAAGGACGACCACUCGACUUCUUCGCUUCCCCGUUAAAAGUCUCCUCUCGUGUCUAAAACACAGCAAAAAGGACUUCCCCCCUUAAAAUAUAAUAACGCUCAUCGCCAAGAAUAAUACGGGCGACAGCCUUUCCCGAAACGCGGUGCCGUCUCUAUCCACUUCUUUCUUUUAAGCCACCUUUGCUCUUUCGCCAGCACACUACUCAGUGUUUCGUAAUGACGAAGGACAUGCCUAGCGAAACCGCCACGAAGCCACCGUCGCUGCUGUGCUUCGGCCACCCCCUGCUGGAUAUGAUGGCCACUGUAGACGAGGCUUUCCUGAGGGAGCACAACGUCGAGCCCGGCAGCGUCUCCCUUGCCUCGCCCGAGCAGCUGUGCCUCUUCACGAAGCUGCUUGACGACUUUGAGGGGAAGGUCGGCUUUGUCCCAGGUGGGGCUGCCAUGAACACCGCGCGCGCCUUUGCCUGGAUGACGCCGGCGGCGCGUGUCUCCUACGUCGGUGCCCUCGGAAAAGACCGCUUUGCCGAAAUUUUGAAGGAUGCGCUUGUUUCGGCUGGCGUGCAGCAGCUUUUUGAGGAGUGCGACGCGAAGCCCACCGGCACGUGCGCCGGGCUGGUGGUGAACAAAGACCGCGCAUUGCUGGCCUACCUCGGUGCCGCUGUUGAGGUGUCGCUGAAGCACAUGCAGACAGACGAGGUGCAGGCCGCUAUCGAAGACGCGUGCGUCUACUACUCGGAGGGCUUCUUUUUGAACACCGCGUCCAGCCCCGACAACCUCGUCUCCGUCGCGACCCACGCCCACCUGCACGACAAACUCUUCUGCUUCAACCUGAAUGCGCCUUACCUUAGCAUGACGUUCGCCAGCCGAAUCCAACUGUUGAUGCCACACAUCGACAUCCUCUUCGGUAGCGACGAGGACUUGCUGACGUACGCCUCGGUGCGCUGGCCGCAGGACUUUGAUCUGGCCGCGUUGGAGCCCAAAAUGCACGCGAACUCCUGCCGACAGAGGGCGCUGGUCCGCUGCCUGGCCCGCAUUUCGAUGCUUCCCUCCGUCAUGCCGAACCGCCCACGGCUGGUGGUGGCGACGUGCGGUCCCCACGACACCUACGUGGCCUGCGGCGAUCGGGUCCGCUCCUACCCAGUUCCGCCGAUGCUGCCGGAGGAGAUGGUCGACGUGAACGGCGCCGGCGACGCUUUUGUGGCGGGAUUCCUGGCGCAGUACGUCGCGAACGGUGACGAGUCUGCCAGCGUGGUGGUUGGCCACUCCUCGGCACAGAACUGCAUUCGACACAACGGCGCCGUCGUGAGCGGCGUCCCGCCUCCGCUGUUCGGGGUAAAAACGGAAUAG